AUGAAGCUCUUGGCCCCGGUCGCAGCUCUUCUGCCUUUCAUAAGUCUGUCUCAAUGCCUCCCCAGCAACGCAGGCAGUGAUACAUCCGGUACCACAACGGCAACCAGUGCUCUCCCCUCGGGCACCUCUAUGGGGGUCCUCAACACCUUAGCGCAGGGCAUCGGCAAGAAGUACUUUGGGUCUGCCACCGACAACCCCGAGUUCACCGACUCCGCUUAUAUGGCCAUCCUUGAGUCUUCAGAGUUCGGUCAGAUCACUCCCGGUAACAGCAUGAAAUGGGACGCCACGGAGCCCGAGCAAAAUACCUUUACCUUUUCAGGAGGUGAUGCUGUGGUAGCUAUCGCUAACUCCACCGGCAAAAUCGUCAGAGGCCACAACCUCGUCUGGCAGAGUCAGCUCCCAAGCUGGGUCAGCGAUAGUAACUUUACUGCCGACGAGCUCACUUCGGUCAUCCAAAAUCACAUAAGCAAUGUCGUGGGGACAAAUUACAUCAUUGGAUAUGCAUGGGAUGUCGUCAACGAACCGUUCAACAGUGAUGGUACAUUCGUUUCUGACGUGUUCUAUAAUACCCUCGGUUCGGACUUCAUCUCAAUCGCUCUGAAUGCCGCCCAUGCCGCUGACCCGGACGCCAAGCUGUGCAUCAACGACUACGGCAUCGAGGGCUCAGGCACCAAGUCCACAGCGAUGCAGAACCUCGUCCAGACCCUCAAGGCCAACAGCGUCCCCAUCGACUGUAUCGGGUUCGAGAGUCACUUCAUCCUCGGGGAGAUCCCCUCCGACCUGCAGUCCAACAUGGAGGCGUUCACCGCGCUCGGCGUCGACGUCCAGAUCACGGAGCUUGACAUCCGCAUGGAGCUCCCCGAGACCGCCGACCUUCUUGACCAGCAGAAGUCGGACUACGAGACCGUCAUCGCUGCUUGCGCGGCUGUCUCCGGUUGCGUCGGCAUGACCGUCUGGGAUUUCACCGACAAGUAUUCUUGGGUCCCUUCGACCUUCUCUGGCUAUGGCGCGGCUUGCCCUUACGACAGUAAUCUGGUCAAGAAGCCUGCGUUCGAUGGUAUUGUUGCCGGCUUGUCUUAGUAUAUUGUCCGGUCAGGGUUUCUGUGGGCAUACUCAAGGUAGCUGUGGAUCACCGAGUAAAUCAUCUUGAAGCUUCUUCACAUGUACUAAAC